AUGACUGGCAAGACUUGUCUGCUAUUUGCAUUCAAAGACGACAAAUUCAUUCCGACUCACGACGCGACAAUUUUCGAUACCUAUGUGGCGGAUAUUCAAGUCGAUGGAAAAACUAUUGAUUUAGCAUUGUUUGAUACGGCUGGUCAAGAAGAUUUCGAUCGUCUUCGUCCAUUAUCCUAUCCGGAUACCAAUGUUGUUCUGGUUUGCUUUAGUGUCGAUAGUUCCGUAUCAGCCACGAGUGUGAUCGAAAAAUGGAUGCCGGAGGUUCGGCAUUUCUGCGGCAAAUGUCCUAUGAUUUUAGUUGCAUGUAAAAAAGAUCUUCGGAUGGAUCCUCAAACGAUCGCCAGACUAAAACAAGAUGGAGAAAGGCCGAUCUCGACUGAGGUUGGUAAACAAAUAGCUGCAGAAAUCAAAGCCGAUGCGUACAUGGAAUGCUCAGCGAAAACUCGCGAGGGUGUACAAGAUUUAUUUGUCCACGCUGCUCGUUUAUCGAUAAAAAAACGUCCUUCGUAUGCAUAUCGAAAGAAACCCGCUUGUGUAUUGCAUUAA